GACCAGAUGAUAGGCACCCAUAAUCAACAUUGCUCCUAUUACAAUUAAAAUAAAAAUAUAAUUGAACUGAACCUUUAUACAUCAUUACAGUUAAAUGAUUGAUGAAACGUAACUUAUUCGCCAAAGGGGAAAAAAAACAUACUUCUUCCCCACAAUUUUUACCUGAAGAAUUAACAGAAAUUAGAAUAAACAGUCAAGCACAAACUUUGUGACUUCAUGUAUGCUUCCUAAAGCUGUCCAACAUGACAAUAAACUCUUUAUAAAUAACUCACAUAAACUAAUUAAAGCUUCAGUUCAGUUGUUCCUCACAUUAAGAUCAGUGCAGCUAGCUAGAUAUUCCCAAAAUGAAGUUACUUGGUUGGAUGCAUCGUAAGUUUCGACAGAAUAGCAGUGAACCACUAAAGGAAUUUUCUGUAGGAAAUCCUUGUGCUUGUCUUACUGGGCAGCCAUCACUGGAUGAUAUACAUUGCUACCCAAAAUCAAAUUUUCACAAUAAGUCUUUGAGCAAAACCCAAAGAGACAAUCACCUGAGGAAAUCAUUUGCUGGUCUAGAGGCAGCAACAAGGGCAGAUCAAGACGACCUCGAAGAAGAGUCAUCUGCUUCUCUUUCUGAGCUCUUCCAUGGGUUCCUUGCAAUUGGUACACUUGGUACUGAUCCCCUUCUUGAUGAUCCCUCAACACCAACAUUUUCCAUCUCCGUCGAAAAUAUUGCUGAAAAGGACACUGAAGUGACAGAAAAUGAACUGAAGCUGAUCAAUGAUGAAUUGGAGAAGGUGCUGGGAGCGGAAGCUAAAGAUGAUACUUGUAAUCUUUCUUCAGGAAGAAACAGCUAUGUUAGCACUGGGAGAAGCAGCCAUGGUAGCACCAUUACAUUAAGUGGUAAGCAAUUGGAAGGUGCAGAGAACAAUGGAAACGGAACAACAGUGUGUCCACUUCAAGGCUAUCUCUUUGGAUCAACUGUUGAGUUGCAAGAGACAAGUCCUGGUUCUGCAAAGAAAGAACAUAGGCCUUCGCUUGGCGAGCUAUUUCAGAAAACUAAACUAGCAGAAGAAAACUAUGGAGCUAAAUAUGAGAAGCGGCCAGACAAGGAUUCUGAUAAAUCUGCUGUACACCUCAUGAAAAAAAUACUGAAGAAAAAGAUGCUUCAUGCUUCCUCUCGGAACUCAGUAGCAGCUUCUGGGGGAACUGUUGAUUCUGUUUCAGCAGAACCAAAACCCCAUAAGAUCCUACAAAUGUUCCACAGAAAAGUCCAUCCUGAGAGCUCAAUAGCAGCACAGAAGCCUGAUAAGUCCUCAAAAAAUGAGAGGGCACAUGACCGUGGAGGACUAUCACUUGCACGUGACGAUAUCACGAUUAUCCCUCACCAUCUCCUUUCAAAGGAUAGCAUCAAGGGUCAGUCUAACAUGCAACAGUCCACACUAGAUGGUGAUUUAAAUGAGAACCGAGAAUGCUGGAUCAAAACUGAUGCAGAUUACUUUGUGCUGGAGCUCUAAAAUUGCCAAAGCAGCUCAUAUUGUAAGAUAUGUUUCCCUCUUCAAACUCUAUGCACUGCCCCGUUGUUGGAAUGGCUAUAUCAUUGUCAGAGAAAUGUGAGAAAAUAAAAGAGGGUGUUCCUCUAAACAUAUGUGUGUGAGAAGCAUGUAAAACUUGAGAUGUAUUAGCUGAAACUGUUCUAUGCUAAAGAUUUAAGUAUUAAUGUUGUAUCUCAAUUACAGCAAAUUAUAUACCUGGAAUAAUGUAUCUUUCGUGUUAAAUUUAUCAGAAUACAGGGAAAAGGUUUUCGUCCUCAUGUCAUGUAGCCUACUGCAUAUAACAAUCAGAAGCAGCAAUAAGUACAUUAUUUAUCUCCCUUCUGACCAAGGGAGUUGGCUUCAAAAACACGUGAAAUUCUGUAA